AAAUUUUUGAGAUCUUACUCAGAGAAAGUGAUCAAUUUUGAGGAUGGGGACCAGGUCUCAAGACCUACAUGAUCGUUGCGUAAUGUUGGGUCACUCAUCAGAUAAUGGAACCUUUUUUGUAGAGAAUUCAAUGUUCUCAACAAAAUCAUUGAUCGAAAUAAUCCACGAAUUCAUUCGAAAACUAAGAUGGAUAAUGUGUCUAUGACGUUUUGCCCACCGAAUGUGACGUUCAGCGAGAUAUGGGUGGACCACGGUGUCUCCAAGUGCUUCAUAGACACUAUCAGUGCGAGUGUCAUAGCCUCUUACAUUUUGAUUUGUGGCUCGGUGCAGCUAUGGAUUUACAAAAAAUGGGGAACAUCAUCCGGUGCCACUCGAGUCCCCAUCAGCAGGCUCUACAAUCUCCAGAAGUUCUUCCUCUACUUUGUACCUAUCCUCAGUGUACUGAGGAUCAUCCUCCAGGCGACUGUCCUGGAUGACAAACAAGUCUAUGGAUACAUGAUACUCACAACCGUCUUGACAACAAUUGUCUAUCCCUAUUCAGUGUAUAUCCUGAUGAUUGAACGCCACAAACUCCUUCCCAGCGUUCCGCCUCGUGGUCAUGGGGUCGUUCUCCUCGGUUUCUGGACCCUCGCCUUCAUCGGAGAGAACCUCGUCUUCAUAAAUAUUGGAAAAGCCGAGUGGUGGUUCCACCUGAACACGUUGAGCGAUCAGAUAGAGAUGGCACUGUUUGUACUCAGAUACGUGAGCAAUCUCAUGAUUUUUGCACUUGGUCUGAGGGCACCUGGAAUUAUCGGUCACUCUGAAAUCGAUUAUGGUUCAUUGAACGAUGACAUGGGGUCGAGAUCCGCUUAUUAUCAUGAUAGACCAGAUGAUGCAUCUUCAACUUGGAAAAAUGUCUGGUACAAAAUAACAACGCUAUCGCCCUUCCUGUGGCCGAAAAAAGACUGUUUACUUCAGUUCAGAGUUUUAUUCUGCUUCAUGCUCCUGAUAGCCGGUCGUAUUAUCAAUUUAUACGUACCGAUUUAUAAUAAGAAGAUUGUGGACAGCAUGACUGUGGAUGUUUUGAAAUUCAGGUGGGACUUGAUACUGAUCUACGUGGCUUUUAAAUUCCUGCAGGGGGGAGGCACAGGUGGUAUGGGAGUUUUGAACAAUUUGAGGUCCUUUCUAUGGAUCAGGAUACAACAGUUUACAACUCGCGAAGUCGAAGUCGAAUUAUUCAGGCACCUGCACAGUCUGAGUCUUCGCUGGCACCUGUCUCGAAAGACCGGUGAAGUCUUAAGGAUAAUGGACCGUGGAACCGACUCCAUAAAUAAUCUCCUCAACUACAUCCUCUUCUCGAUAGUCCCCACCAUCGUCGACAUUCUCGUGGCCAUUGUCUUCUUCAUUUCUGCCUUCAACAAGUGGUUCGGACUGAUUGUCUUCAGCACGAUGACCCUCUACAUCGCCGCCACGAUCCUCAUCACGGAGUGGAGAACCAAGUUCCAGAGGAGAAUGAAUCUGGCUGAUAAUGCGAGAAACGCCAGGAGUGUCGACAGCCUCCUGAACUUCGAGACUGUCAAGUAUUAUGGGGCUGAGCCCUACGAGGUCGAGAACUACCGAGAAGCCAUUCUCAAGUAUCAGGUCGAGGAGUGGCACUCGGUUGUCACUCUGAAUAUUCUCAAUACUGUGCAGAAUGUCAUUGUCUGCGCUGGCCUGCUUGGGGGCUCAAUGCUCUGUCUCCACGAAAUUGUUUAUGAAAAAAGACUGACUGUUGGAGAUUACGUGCUGUUUGCCAGCUAUAUUAUUCAGCUCUAUGUUCCUUUGAACUUUUUCGGGACUUAUUACAGAGCCAUUCAAAAAAAUUUUGUGGACAUGGAGAACAUGUUUGAGCUUCUCCGGGAGGAGCAGGAGGUGAUAGACGCUCCAGGCGCAGGUCCUCUGAUAGUCAAACGAGGAAAAGUGGAAUUUUCGAAUGUUUCCUUUGGUUAUGCACCCGAGAAGAUAAUCCUCAAGAACGUGAGCUUUACAGUACCAGCUGGAAAGACUGUAGCCCUUGUAGGGCCAUCAGGAGCUGGUAAAUCAACCAUAAUGAGGCUUCUCUUCAGGUUUUACGACGUUGAUCAAGGAUCAAUUUCCAUUGAUGAACAGAAUGUCAAAACUGUUAAACAGGAAUCCCUGAGAAAUGCCAUUGGUGUUGUUCCUCAGGACACCGUCUUAUUCAAUAAUACUAUCAAGUAUAAUAUUCAAUAUGGAAGAAUUGAUGCUCCCGAGGCCGAUGUUAUAGCUGCAUCAAAAUCAGCAGAUAUUCAUGAUAAAAUACGAACAUUCCCGGAUCAAUAUGAAACACAGGUGGGAGAGAGAGGCCUACGCCUCAGUGGUGGGGAGAAGCAACGAGUGGCGAUAGCCCGAACAAUGCUAAAGGCUCCAAAAAUCGUUCUCUUGGACGAAGCGACUAGUGCUCUUGAUACCCAGACAGAACGUAACAUUCAGGCGGCAUUAAACCGUAUUUGUGCGAACAGAACGACUAUUAUAAUCGCCCACAGACUCUCUACUAUUAUUCACGCAGACGAGAUUCUCGUCCUGAAGGAGGGGGAAAUAGUGGAGAGGGGAAAACACGAGGAGUUGAUAUCUUUCGGAGGGAUUUACCACGACAUGUGGCAGGCCCAGCUUCAAGCGGAAUCAGAGGCAACGGAAGUGCCUCUCGAGAAUGGCGAGGCAAAGGCAGAUCAUAGCAAUAGAGCUGGGAGCAAUAGUCAUCCAUAGGGAAAUUAAAGGUUUCGGUUUUUCUGAGAGAAACUCGGAUCAAUUUACUUUGAUCUCAUCUUCAGGAUUUUAGUUCUAUUUUAUCCGGCAUCUCUGGGGGAAUUUAUUUAUUUCUCCGGCCCUGAAGUCCUCAUUAUUGAUUCACGAUUAAUUCAAUUAGGAGGGAAAGUGAGAAUUUGAUUAGCGAAAGUUUAUGAAUAUUUUUUUAUUGUUUUUAGGAAAAAUGUUUGUCGACGUUUUCGGGAAAUUAUUGGGAUAGAAUUGGAGAUAGAGAAUGUAUAAGUGUAAGUUUAAGAAGUAGAUUUAUUGCAUUGAAGAUAUUUUAACAUAUUUGGGAGAGCUGAAACCCCAAUAAAUCUAUAUUUCUUGAAUGUA